AUGGCCUUCUUCAUCAUGCGAAAUCUACUGGCGCGAAUGGAUCCUGAAGCUGGCGCCAAAUCCGAAGCGGAGAAGAAAGCUUCAGCUGCCACUGCCCGUCUAUCAUCCAUCUUCGCCAGCUCACCCGACGACGACUUUGAUGAGAAUGACGAUGACUACGACCAAAAAAUGGAGUGGGAGAAGCGCAAAGAGAAUAUGGUUCUCACUCCUUACGAACAAACCAUUGCUAUGGAAGUAGUUGCGCCUUGGGAGAUCCCCGUCUCAUUCGAGGAUAUUGGCGGCUUGGACGACAUCAUCGAGGAAUUGCGCGAGGCUGUCAUUUACCCUCUUACCAUGCCUCACCUCUACUCUGCAACCAGCUCUCUUCUCUCUGCUCCUUCUGGUGUCCUGCUCUACGGUCCCCCUGGUUGUGGAAAGACUAUGCUCGCAAAAGCUCUGGCUCACGAGAGUGGUGCUUGCUUCAUCAACCUGCACAUCUCUACCCUGACCGAGAAAUGGUACGGUGACAGCAACAAACUCGUGUCUGCCGUCUUCAGUCUUGCCAGGAAACUACAACCCAGCAUCGUUUUCAUCGAUGAGAUUGACGCUGUCCUCGGUCAAAGACGUAGCGGAGAACACGAAGCCAGCGGCAUGGUCAAGGCAGAAUUCAUGACCCAAUGGGACGGCCUCACCUCCUCAAACUCCCUCGGCGAAUCCCAACGCAUUUGCGUACUCGGCGCCACCAAUCGUAUUGGCGACAUUGACGAAGCCAUUCUCCGCCGCCUCCCCAAAAAGUUCCCUGUGUCUCUCCCCUCAGCCUCCCAACGCCGCUCCAUCUUCUCGCUCACACUAAAAUGUACUCGUCUAUCCCCUCACUUUGACCUCGACACUCUGGUUAAAGUCAGCGCAGGCAUGAGCGGCAGUGAUAUCAAGGAAGCAUGCAGAGAUGCAGCUAUGGUGCCCGUGAGGGAAUAUAUCCGAGAGAGCAAGAAGAGCGGGAAGAAUAUGAAAGCUAUCAAAGCCGAGGAUGUCAGGGGCCUACACACUGAUGACUUUUUCGGUAGGAAGGGUGGUGUGUUGCAGAUGAGGCGGCAACCAGAGGUUGAUGAGUGGGAAGACUCAAAAGCCAGUCCUGAGACUUUGUCGGAAGUUGAUGAUGACCCGCAAGUCUCUGUGCCGGUAUGA